GGGGCAGCUUAAUGUUUAGCCCACACAAACACACAAUCACACACACACACACACACACACACACACACACACACACACACACACACACACACUCACUCACACUCACACCCACUCGUACACAUACGCACACUUAGGGAAGCAGAGGGAUUACAAAGGCACAGAUACCCAUAUGCUGCCCUGGGAUGGAGAAUAUAAAACUAAGUAAAAGGAGAACACAAGGUAGCUGCGACCAAGGGAGCAGUGUUGAAAAUGAAUCCCCAGCAGAACAACUUGGCCGCGUCUCCAGUCGUCCUCUCUCUGCCCUGGUCCGUCUCUAUGUCUAUGCGCUGCACGGCUGCCUAUGUGAGGUGGCCUUCACUGCUGUGUGCGACUGGUGCAGCACCAGAGACAGGAAGCUGGCAGGUCACAGCAGCCUGUGGGCACUGCCCAUGUACGCCACUGCAAUCUACCUCAUGGAGGGCCUGAGAGCGCGGCUGCUCGCUCAACGUAAGCCACUGCCUGUGCGUCUGAUGGUCUACACCCUGUUCAUCUACUUAUGGGAGCUGAGCUGGGGAGCAGGGCUGGGGUUGCUGGGGGCCUGUCCCUGGGACUACUCAGGUUAUAGGUACAACCUGAGAGGACUGGUGACUCUGGAGUACGCAGUGCCCUGGGCUGUGGCAGCUUUUAUAGCAGAGCAGCAUGUGAUCAAGAACACUCUGCGGAUAAGACUGCACAACUGAACUGGUAUAGUCUGGAAUAGUGUCCUUUCAAAGACAAGAAAACAUUUAUGGACAGUGUUUUAGGAUACCAAAGGGACAACUGUUUAUGGGUGGUCUGUUUGAUUGUCUUUAGCUGUUCACUGGUUGCUUGGAAAAGUGACAAAGAUGACAUGACUCCAAGUUUCUAUAUCCAUCCUCUUCCACAAUCCUAGCUGCCUGCCGCCAUUACGCUAAGAUCCAUGUCCUGUCCACUAGCAUGGGGCAGGGGGGGUUAUAACCUGAACUUCAGCCAGCCACUAGGGAGCAAUCAAUAUGCUUUGGCUUCAUUUUCAGAGAACUAUCAUGUCGUCUAUCUUUAUACACAAUCUUGGGAGUGAAUGGGUACAUUUCCCAAAAAUGUCAGAUGUCAAAUGUAUUGCUUUCAAAUAUAAUAAAAUAUAAUUUUCCCAUUUUAACUGAUCAAGUUAAAAAAAACUGUAAUGGUGCCAAGCUACGUGGCAAACUGCCCGUAGUUGAAGAAAAUAGGUGAACGGGAAAUGUUGUACAUUCCUGAAAACAGACCAUUUCAGCGAUCAAAUUAAACGAUUCAUUUACAGAUUUCUGCCCCAUUGGAUGUAAAUCAAGCUUUGAAAGUAAAUGCAAAUAAAAAAUUCUGCUUGUGUCAAUAA